AUGUCAUGUUUGAAAAUUUGUCAUAGUUUUCAAAAUUCCUGUUCAAAAUCCCAUACAUUAUCAUUUUAAAGCAUACAACAAAAUUCCGUCAGUUUUAUAUUGCACUAAAUAGAUCACUUCAGAACAAUUAGUUAAUCAUUAGUUAAUCAAACGUAACUCGUCAAACGAAAUAUUGUUAAUAUUUAAACUACUCAAUGUGUAACAGACCUCCACCAAGUAACCCAUGUUCAAUAGAAAACCGCCUGAAAGAAUAUAUGGAGCAAAAUCGAAAACUCGAGAAUCAAAUGAAAAGCCUACGUGUGAUAAUUCGGAAUAUGUACCAAGAUCUUACUGAACUACAGGAAGAAAGGGAUGACUGUGAUGACAUGUUUAAAAAACCGUCAUGCCCACCCACCCCUUGUUCAGGAAACUGUCCUAUAUAUGACAUCGAACCACCGUCUUGCGAUAAGCAUGAAGUCCCCACUUGCAAAAAAAUCAUUAAAGAUCUUUUCAAAAAGUAUUCAAGACUGCAGAAUAAAUUUAAAUUUAAAGAAAUUGAAGUAAUGAAACUAAAAUGCGAGAAUGAAAGACUUAGGGAACAAAUGGAAAAAAAUAAUAAUAAUAGAAAAUGCUUUUAUUGAGUUUUGGUAAGAUGGCACUCAGUAGAUAUCUUCCAUUUAAGAAUAUAUUCCAAACGAAAUAUCAAGAAGGUGAUGGAAUUAUAUUGAUAUCUUAAAAUGGGAUAUUUCAUGUAUUUUAAACAUUUGUAACACUACCUAUAUUAAAACUUUCCAAAAUAGAAUAA